AUGAUUCCAAAACUGCUGUUCUCGGCUUUCUUUUUCGCCAAUGCCUUCGCCAUUCUCCUUGCAGGUCACGAGCAGCAGCAGCAGCCAUUGGGUAACGGCGUCUCUUCUUCGACGGCGCAUAGCGCUGGAGGAGCGCAGAGGCUAACUGGGCGGUUCCUGCAUAUUACAGGUAUGUUGCGAUCGAAAUGGUUUACACGUCAAUUGGUGAUGGGUUUUGACAUUCUUCAUUCUUCCGUGCCAGAUCCCCAUCCCGAUUCGCACUAUAAACGAGGAGCGUCAAGUGACAAUAAUUGCCAUCGAGGCCAUGGAUCUGCCGGAUACUUUGGAGCGGUAGGAACCGAUUGCGAUGCUCCGUUGAUCUUGAUGAACGCGACUUUCCGAUGGAUCGAGCAAAAUCUAAAGGGGAAUAUUGACUUUGUGCUCUGGACUGGCGAUUCCGCCCGGCAUGACAGGGAUGAGAAGACUCCGCGGACAAUGGAGGAAAUCAUCUACCUGAACGAAAUUUUGUCACAGAAAUUCAUCGAUGUUUUCCAAGACUCCAUCCCCGUCGUUCCGACAAUUGGAAACAACGAUAUUAUGCCACAUAACACGAUGAAGGAGGGACCGAACCGUUGGACGAAGACGUUUUUGGAUGUCUGGGGCAAGUUCAUCCCGGAGUCUGAGCGACAUAGUUUUGUGGAGGGUGGCUGGUUCACGAGCGAAGUGAUCCCUGGUAAAUUGGCAGCCAUCAGUCUCAACACCAUGUACUUCUAUAGUUCCAACUCCGCGGUGGAUGGAUGCGACGACAAGGAUGAGCCGGGUUAUGAGCACAUGGAGUGGCUCAGAAUCCAGCUGAAACUGCUUCGCCAGCGCAAGAUGAAGGCAAUUCUGAUCGGGCAUGUACCUCCGGCCAGGGCAGGCUCAAAACAAGGAUGGGAUGAAACGUGCUGGCAGAAAUACACCCUAUGGUUGCAUCAAUAUCGAGAUGUCAUUGUUGGGAGCGUUUAUGGACAUAUGAACAUCGACCACUUCAUAUUCCAGGACAGCCACGAUAUCGACAUCGUCGAUUUGGAAGGUGACAAUACGGGGACUGAAAAUUUCUCUAUCCAAUCAAUCGCAAACUAUCUUGACGCCCUUCGAGACCAAUGGUCCGAUAUGCCAUCCCCGCCAUCUGGUCUCUCAAUUGAGGAGUGCUUGGAUGAAGACUUUGCAGAGACUGAUGGCGAUGGGCUUUGGACAGAUAUAUCCAAGAAGAGAAAGAAGAAAAAGAAGUUCUUGAGAAAGAUCGGUGGUCCUCUGGCCGAAAGAUACAGUGUCUCUUUGGUGUCACCUAGUUUGGUGCCAACCUACUUUCCUACGCUCCGUGUGAUUGAAUAUAACAUCACUGACUUGGAAGAUACGCCGAUUUGGUCUGAUAUUCAAGAAAACACGGAGGUCUCAUAUCCCGACAACGAUGACAUACCGGACGUUUUGGAACCCGAAGACUCUCCGAUAGUGGACAUUGACAUGAAGAAAAAGAAAAAGAAGAAACCAAAAAAGCCAAACUUCAAAGUACCAGAACCCCCGCCGUCUUCCGCCCUUCCGGGUCCUGGCUACUCAAACCAGCCGUUGUCCUGGCUCGGAUAUACGCAGUACUACGCCAACCUAACGAGGAUAAACGAGGAAAUGUCCUUGCGCGAGUCAAUGUACCGAGACGAGGCUGGGAACAACGUCAAUUUUACCAGCGUUGACGAUGUAUUUGACUUCGAGGUCGAGUACGAUACUCAGAACGACCACAUCUACAAAAUGAAGGACCUGACUGUCCGCAGCUUCUUCGAUCUAGCCAGUCGGAUUGCGAACAACAUUCCGAAUACCCUGGAAUCACCUGCUGACACUAACGACGGCGAUUGCAAUAGCCAAAAGAAGAAAAAGAAGAAAGGUAAAAAGAAGAAGAACAAGGCAUGGAAGACCUUCCUUGAUCGGGCGUUCGUUGGGUAUUUGGACAUCAAUAAUCUCGAAGAGACAGAAUCAUGA